CCAACGUCUGCCUUUUCGUCUGAUUUUGAGGCUGUAACAUGAGUCACGCGGAGGCUGUUCUGUGUUUAAACCUGUUCCUGUUUCUUCAUGUUGUGGCUCAGCUCAGGAAUAAUGGACAGCAGCAGUGGCCCGUUCCCUACAGACGGUUUGAUCGUCGCCCUGUUGUGGACUCUUACUGCGAAGCUCUCUACCCGUUCUGUCCCACUGGAGACCGGGACGGACGGGCUCCCUACAUGAGAGACAGCGAUGUCAUCUCAGUUUAUCGACUGCAAACACCUGUGUGGGAAUUCAAAUAUGGAGAUUUGCUGGGGAAAUUUCAUAUCAUGCAUGAUGCCAUUGGGUUCAGCAGUUCAGAUACGGGGGCCAACUACACCAUGGAGUGGUAUGAGCUGUUUCAGCUGGGCAACUGCACCUUCCCUCACCUCAGGCCCGAGGUGUAUGCACCUUUCUGGUGCAACCAGGGAGCUGCCUGCCUCUUUGAAGGCAUCGAUGACUUACACUGGUCACAAAAUGGCACCUUGGAGAAAAUAGGAGAAGUCACAGGGAGCCAGUUUAAUGACAUGGCCCAGUGGGUCCAGGAUGACAACGAGACUGGGAUCUACUAUGAGACAUGGACAGUUCGCUCUGACCCCAGCCCUAACGCCACAGUGUGGUUUGAAUCCUACGACUGCUCCCAGUUUGUCCAUCGCACAUACAGGAAACUGACUGAGCUGGGAGCCAAAUUAUCCAGCAGAUCACAAACCAACUACACCAAGAUCUACCUGUACAGCGGAGAGCCCACCUACCUUGGCAAUGACAGCGCCAUAUUCGGACAGCCUGCUCUGAAGAAUCUGGCAGUGGACAUCCGUAAAUUUUACCACACAUUCAGACCACACCAGUCGUUUAUAGACUUUGCUGUCAGUCUGCUGGAGGCUUAUAAAAAGGUUGUGUUGGACAAAAGCUUCUACCUCUACUACAACUUUGAGUACUGGCAUCUGCCAAUGAAGCCUCCCUAUGUGCAGAUCACAUAUGAAGAAGUGCCUUUGCCUUAGCAUAAAUCUUUUACUCGUGUUUUCAUCCACGAGUGCAAAUAAUUAUUUUUUGGUUAAUCGAUUGUCCAAAAGCCAAAGAUAUUAACAAUAAUAAAAAGCAGGGGGGAAAAAAUCAGCAAAUGUUUGCCAUUUUUUCUUAGUAAAUCACUUAAUUAAUAAAUUAUCAAAAUAGUUGUUGAGGUUCAAAGUUCAUUCUUGACCCUUGAAACAGCAAUGUCCAUUUAGUACCUGUUCUGGAGCUUUCAAUCAUAUCACAUGAUCUUCAUAAGCAGAUGGAGUUUGCUUGGUUGUAAACAAAGAUGUACAAUAUUUUCUGUUUAUACAGAAAUAAUAUUUUUUCAUAUCAUAUUAAUUAUAUAUUAAUUUUUUUAAAUAAAUAUAUAUAUAUAUAUAUAUAUAUAUAUAUAUAUAUAUAUAUUUUUCUGUUUCUGAGAUUCUGUCUACAUUCAGUGUUUUUCACCAAAAUGCACUGGGUGUAUCCUUGAGCACACGCUUAAUAUGCACGAUGAUGACGGCAGUGUGGAAAACAAUAAAAUGAGAAAUGCAAAGAGUACAUUCACAAAUUUUAAUUACUGGUAUAAGAUCACAUGUCCAAAACCAUAAUUUUAAUUUCAAAAUAGGUGACCAGUAAAGCGAAGUAGACAAAGCAUUUGCCAUACAGAAGGACUAAAAACUAAAGGACAGCAUUGUCAACACCAGCUUACUCCUAAUAAACCUUACUGGAGGACUGAACAAAUUAUGUUAAAAUAACAAUUACUGACAAGAGACAUAUUAAUGAUGGAACAUCAAUCAUAUUCCCUCUUAAGCUGUAUUUAAGUGAAACAUGUUUACUCAUCCAGCUGAAUUUUCCAAUUAAAGCCAACAAAGACAACAGGAAAAUUAUUAAAACCAGCUUCACUUUAGAGCUGCUGUCACGGCAACCGUUUAAUGCACUGCACAAAUUAUGAAAAAUAAUCAGGAGAUAUGUUACUGUACCACUGAGAUGCUAACGUACAUGAGCACAGACAAUCAGUACAGGUAUCUACUUCAGUGAUAAGAGACCAAUACUAGCAACAGACUUAGUUCAAUCCAAUAAUACAAAGCGUUUGUACUUCCUGCAAUAUGUGUCAGUUUUAGUGUACAUUACUGCUACAUUAUUUGUUUAAUAUGACAUGGAUAAGGAGAAUGAAGUCUGGCAGAAAAAAAUAAAAAACAAGACCUGGGUUAUCUACAGAUCCUAAUGACAUGCAACGUCCACUACCGAUAACUUGUUUAACUUAUAAUUAAAAUACAGUCAAACUAGAUUUCUUAAACAAUUAUGUAGUUUUUAUAGUUUAACAGAUAUGGACUUAUGUCAAAAGGUUUGAUUGUGAUUUUGCUAGCAAUUUCUCAUUAUUGUGUUAUCCUUCUACCUGUUUAUGCAGAUUUUUACAAUUUAUCUUAUUAAGUGUCUUCUGAUGUUAAAUUAACUUUCACAUUUUCCUUUUUUUAAAUUUCAUAAAAACGAUAAGUAGGAUUCAGAUCUGGUUACUCUGGUGGAGAGAAAGCCAUAAGUCGGCACUACUUUCUCCUGAAAUUCAAGCAGGUGCAGUACAACUUCAUUGUGUUUUGAGUGCCAUCGUCCUGCAGGAAAACGAAUCCUUUUUCACACAGUUUAAGACACAAACAAUGGCAUUCCUAUGCAGAGGGUUUGAUUCACUAACUGGAGUGUAAUUUUAAGAUUUGCAUGGUUUUGUUUUGGAUUAAAAUUACUUAUUAAAAUCUCUCCUGUUGAUAAAUGAUUAAAGGUUUGUAGUAGUGGACUCAAAA